CUGACUGACAAGCCUGCUGCAUUAGAUGACCAAGCGCAUACUACAUUAUAAGGAACAGCUUAGCGUCUGAUCCUAGCAUUGAGCUGUUCAGCCGCACAAAGGGCACAGAACUUUCCGUCUAUGCAUUCUAAGGGUGUGAUUUUUAUAUUGCCUACACCGGUUACUUCUCCCAGUUCCGAUACACACAAAGAAAUAAACCUCCCAUAGUCGACAGGAUUCAAGGCGCUGAACACAGAAGUAGAAGGGAGCUGACGUUUAUUCACCCAUGAUGCAACGCGUUUCACAGUAGAACUGCUUCAUCAGGCGUGCUCAGUAAAUUGCCCCAAUGAAAUUUACAACUGGAUGUUACCAAUCACUUUAUAAUAGGGUGUGCCUGACAGUGUCAGCACGAUUGGAUUCAUGGAUCCUCCUUCCACGCCAUCUCGCAGUUGGAGAGGGAGUUAGCGGCUCCAUGGGACCUGACGGCUCUCCUCCACACCUCCAAUUCCAAACUACCCCCUCUGGUGAAAAGCUUGGUACUGUUACGAGAUACGGUGAUGACAUGGAAGAAGGAUUAUCCAGGGACGACAUGGCACCUUCUUCCUGCUUCCACACGCCGACUGAUAAAACUAAAAUUAGUGAAGAACAACAUCUCUGCAUUAAUAUUGAUUCAGCAACAGUAGCUAUUAAUACUGUGUCCAGCCCCGGAGGUGAAACAUGUCCAGAGACCAGCAUGAAAGAAAAUAGAAAAGGCGAAGACUUUGAAAUGUGGUUACAAUUUGCUUUCCGAUGCUUGAAAAAUAGAAGUCCUGCAAAACGACAGUCAAAUAUAGGUUCCAUGGGAGGUUGGAGGAAUCAAAUAAAAAAUCAGUACCAUAUGACACUUCUCAUCAGUACCUUCCAGCGUAUAAUGCUGUGGUACGCUUUAAAAGAUCAAUUAAAAAGACAGUGGUUUCUACUGGAUGAAUAAACAAGUGGAUCCAGCCUCAGCAGCUGGUCAGUCUUUGCAUUGUCUAAAGUUGUUAGGACUUUUUUUUAACUGAACAUGUAACUGAACAUGCUUGUUUUUCUCAC